UUGCCGCACUUUUAUUAUUUUGGUUGGCGUGCAUUUGAUAUUGAAGGUAAAUGGCAGGAUUAAGCAAUUUGAAACAAUGCCCGCCGUUUUCCGCCCUGUCGGAUCCGUCGUUCCGUCCCAAUUAUACUACUGAACUAAGCAGCUACCCCAAGAUACAUCUGAAGAGCGAGCUACACAAUUCAUCGGCGCAGUGUUUCUACGGCGGUCAGGGUUUUGUGCCGGUAAACGAAGGUGUGCUGAAACGCAUCAUACGCACCUUCUUUGAAGGUGGCUUCUGGGAGUCGCUGGCCGAGACACGCAGUCAAACGACCCGCGAACAGGCUCCAUGGCUAGGCCGAACCGGUGACUACAUAUCCCAGCUGCUGGGCAUCGCCACAUCACUCAAGCUAAAAGUGUUUCCGCACGCACAAGAUGUGAGUGCAGAUCGGAUUGCCGAGUUUGUGGAGACCAGGGACUGGAGCGACAGCGAUGUGCGCUUCAUGGCAUGGAACUGUCACAUCUUCAAGCUGGCCGUAGCUGGCAUUGACGAUGUGGUCCGCAUCUACACCAAGAACACAAAUGCAGCGACCACCGUCCUAAAGAGCGCAACUCAGACACAAAUAACCUGCAUGGCCUGGCGUCCACUGAGUGCCACCGAAAUUGUGAUCGGCUGCUCUCAGGGUCUCUGCUUCUGGGUAGUGGACAACACAAUGAUUUUGGGACGUACCAAUGCGCCCAGUCAGAUCUUUAAGCAUCCUGCCAAACUACCCAUCACCUCUCUGCAGUGGAACAAGGAGGGAAAUCUAUUGGCGACCGCUUCCAUUGGUGAUCGCUCGAUCAUCAUCUGGCAGCCAGACAGUGGACGAAUGGAGGCGCUCAAGCGACUGGGCCCACCUGGGUCCCUGCUCAAGUGGUCGCCGGGCAACGAUUGGCUCUUUGCUGGCACCGUUGAUCGAGUAUUUCGUGUGUGGAAUUGCCACAACCAUUGGUCCACAGAGCGCUGGACGGUGGGCAACGUGGGACAUGUCCAAUCUGCCUGCUGGUCGCCCUGCGGACGCUUUCUGCUCUUUGUCAGCACAACGGAGCCGAUCCUCUAUCGUCUGCAGUUUGUUCGGCAAACUAUGCUGAAAUCGGCCAAGGACGAGAAGGAGGUGCUGCCCAUAGCGGAUCUAAAUGCUUGCAGCAUAGACGAGAAUAAAUCGCUAAUCGGUGGCCCAGUGCAGCAGUUGGCCUGGGAUCCGCGUGGCAACUAUUUGGUUAUCACCUUCAAGUCCACCAAUCACAUUUCCAUCUUUCGCACCUUCAUCACAAAAUACGAUCUGCAAAUUUCGGCUUCCUUUUACCUCAGUGGCGAGACUGCGUCUGAGUAUCCCAGUUUCGUUUGCUUCCAGCCGCUGUACAAGGAUGACGAUCAAACUGUGCUAACCAUUGCGUGGUCCUCUGGACGCAUUCAAUACUAUGCUUUUGAUUGAUUGUAAACAAUGCGCGGGCAUUGGGAUGGUUUGGUGUGUACUCUUAAGUUUUGCAUUUGUUUGUUAGUGAAUAAAGUCUAAAAAGGUAAAA